GCUUGUGGUCGCCGGCGAAGAUUGCCCGAUCGUGUCGAAGCGGUCAGGAUAAGCUAGUGCUACAAGGAUCGGGCGUGUAGACAGGGUAUUACCGAAGUUGGCGGCGUCCAGACCCCAGCGCUGUUGGAGGAUUUUUAAUGAUGAGUGUUAGGGCUGAUCGAACUCGUUGGCCCAAUUUGCAGCUACGCGGCUGGAUGGGUGACGGGAGUUUAGGAACGAAGUUCGCAGAAUGUGCGUGGGAAUGGGUUGGAAAACUAGUGGCCGGGAAAUGGAACACAUGUGUGGCAAGUUCUGAAAUGUUUUCCAGAUUCAGUCGUCAUCGUUGGGGUUUUAUUGAGCACUCAGCAUCUGAUACGAAAUGGUGUCGUCUGUAUCUCACCCUGGCAAGAAGAGCUGGGACCGCGAGAGUCGAUACCCGUACCCCUGUGUUCUCAGACGCCAGUGAGACCCAGAGAAGCUGCUGCGCCACCAGCGCCCCUCACGAGUGUAAGCAUGGUUAGGAUAUUGCAUUCCCAUGGUGUUGCAAUGUCUUGUGUAAGCGGAUGAAACGUUUUGGGAACUGCUGAGACAUAAACAAGUUACGUUAUUUGUUAACGCUUCGGUCAAUGAUUCCUGUACUGUACUGCAGUCGCUGAACCAUGUCAGACGAGGUCUGCUGUAUUGGCAGUCGUUUACCGGCAUAAGUCGCAUGACUUUCGGGCCAUCACAUUAUCAAAGCUGGGAUGAGGCGGGAAGGAGUGGGAGUGAGUCUCGUGAAAACCAGCAUUAACUUUCUGACGGCGCAUUGAACGAGAGCUAAAUACCGGUUUGUCCCCGAACCGACACCACUACGCUGAAUUUGUACGAGGAAGCCGCAGCCUCCGCAGUCAACCGCCUACUUCGCUUGAAAUUUAAACGGCACGCGCCUUUGUUUUAGUUAUUUACUACGUAAGCAAAUAGUAAAACCACGCGCUAAAGCGCACGCGAAUAUUCCACAAGUACCAGAGAUGACGCAUAGCAGAGGUGCCCUGGUGUAUUUUCACGUGAUAGAUAUCCGCAGUUGUGUUUGCAAGGUUGAAGGGCAAUGGUGUAAUCUCGUGUUGUUUGUCAGGUUGCAUUUACAGGGAACGGUUAUCUAACUCGUAUUAUUUUCCUAAGCGGCGUGGCGAUAUCAGUAUAAUUUGCUCAGUGUAUCACUGGCUAAACAUGAAGUUAAGCAUAUAAGUACUUGAGAACCUGUACUUCUCUAUGUGAACCUGAGAACCUGUACUUAUCUGUACUAUGUGGGCUAGGACCAGCUUGAUUUGUGAGCGAGAAGUUCACUUAACGGCUCCAGCAGUGGCUCCAGCUAUAGAAAUAGAUGCAUUACGUCGCAAAUAACGAGUUUCUGCAUCUCCUCACAUGGUCACGAGUUUCGAAGAUUUGAAAACUUCGUGCCGCCUAUGACACCAACUGAGGCCCCGCAACGGGCCCUUGUUGCCACGCAUGGUGCCGACUACCAACGCGCCGGCCGAGGCGCCGCCGGCGCCGCCACCGCCGCCGCCGCCGCCGGCCGACGGGGGGCCGAUGCCACCGGCGCCCCCCGUCGUCGCUGGACCGGAUCUGCUCACCAUGCAGGCGCGCAUUCCGUACCGGUUCCGUGAGCCCACGCAGGCACCGCUGCGCAAGCUCACGCUCGACCUCAUCAAGACGUACAAGCACAUCAACGAGGUGUACUACACUAAGAAGCGGCGUCAGCAAAGCCAACGGGAAGAAGGCGGCCACAAGAAGGAGCGACGGCUUCUGAACGACGGCUACGACGACGACAACCACGACUACGUCAUCAAGAACGGCGAGAAGUUCCUGGACCGCUACGAGAUCGACUCCCUGAUUGGCAAGGGCUCUUUCGGCCAGGUGGUGAAAGCGUAUGACCAUGACGAGCAGACCCACGUGGCCAUCAAGAUAAUCAAGAAUAAGAAGCCGUUCCUGAACCAGGCGCAGAUUGAGGUCCGCCUGCUGGAGACGAUGAACCGCGCCGACUCAGAGAACAAGCACUACAUCGUGCGCCUGCGCCGCCACUUCAUGUGGCGCAACCACCUGUGUCUGGUGUUCGAGCUGCUCUCGUACAACCUGUACGACCUGCUGCGCAACACCAAGUUCAGCGGCGUCUCGCUGACGCUGACGCGCAAGUUCGCGCAGCAGCUGUGCACGGCGCUGCGCUUCCUGGCGUCGCCUGAACUCAACAUCAUCCACUGCGACCUCAAGCCGGAGAACAUCCUGCUCUGCAACCCCAAGCGCUCGGCCAUCAAGAUCGUCGACUUCGGCAGCUCGUGCCAGCUGAACCAGCGGAUGUAUCAGUACAUCCAGUCGCGGUUCUACCGCUCGCCGGAGGUGCUGCUGGGCAUCCCGUACGACCUGGCUAUCGACAUGUGGUCGCUCGGCUGCAUCCUGGUCGAGAUGCACACCGGCGAGUCACUCUUCAGCGGCACAAACGAGGUGGACCAAAUGAACAAAAUCGUCGAGGUGCUGGGUAUCCCGCCGAAGGCAAUGCUGGACCAGGCGCCGAAGGCGCGCAAGUACUUCGACAAGCUGCCGGACGGCGCGUACGGCCUGAAGAAAGGCUCGGAGCCGUACCGGGUGCCCGGCUCUCGCCAGCUGCACACGCUGCUGGGCGUCGAGACGGGUGGCCCCGGCGAGCGCCGGCUCGGCGAGCUCGGUCACAGCGCCGCCGACUACCUCAAGUUCAAGGACCUCGUGCUCAAGAUGCUCGAGUACGAUCCGAAGGCGCGCAUCACGCCGCACCAGGCGCUGCAGCACAGCUUCUUUAAGCGGACCAGCGACGGCAGCACCAACACGGGCGGGUCGCCACGCUGCACGCCGGCGGCGGAGGCCGGCGGCCGGUCUCACCCCGGACCUUCGUCGGAGUGUCUGCGCACACGUAGUGACCCCACCGAGCCGGGGCCGGCGGCAGCCGGUCUCUCACACGAGUACGCGCUGUCGCAGCCGGCCGCCAUGGACUGCCAGUCGCCGCUGCGCGCGCCGCCGCCGCCCGGCGAGCCACCCACCGCCCAGUACGCCAACGCCGGCUUCCUGCUGGGUGCGGCAGGAGGCGGCGCCGAGCCCGCCGCGCGCGAGGACAGUCCCAUGAUGGGCGUGUGCGUGCGGCACAGCCCCCUGGCCAGCCACUGA